CGAAGGGGUUCGUCCCUCUGUCCGGAAGUGACGCGUGAAUCCCUCACGCCCUCGAUCCACCUGCCGAGGCUGGGAUGCUGAUCCGCGGAUUCCUGGAGCGCUGCAAUAAGAAUCGCGGAGCGUCGGAGAGGAGAAGCCCGGCUGGUGUUUACCCUUGAGCUGUGGAAUUAUUUAAGAGACAAAAAUGGGCUUUGUGAUGCUCCGGUGCGCGCUGUGCCUCGGCGUUUUGCUUGCAGGUUCUGUUCUUGGAUUAACUAUUACCUCCACUGGACCAAGCAGCAUUGAGAAAGCUGGUGGUGAGACUAUAAACUUCGACUGUCGCUUCACUCUUGCUCCAGAAGACACGGGGCCUCUUGACAUUGAAUGGACUUUACUGGCCUCGGACAAUCAGAAUCGGGACCAAAUGAUUAUUACCUACUCUGGAGACAGGGUUUAUGAGGAUUACUACGCUACCAUGAAAGGGCGUGUCCACUUCAACUCUCCAGAUCCCAAAGCGGGCGACGCUUCGAUAAACAUCACCAAGCUGCUGGUCUCAGACACCGGGACUUACCUGUGCAAGGUGAAGAAGGCUCCCGGAGUCAACAGCAGGAAAACUCUUCUCACAGUGAUGGUAAAGCCGUCCGUGCCGAAGUGCUACGUUGAAGGAUCAUCGGAACAGGGGAAGGACAUCUUAAUGAAGUGCAAAUCUGCUGAAGGCACAAACCCAAUACAGUACACCUGGGAGAGAAUCUCCGGCACACGCAUUCUCCCUGCAACAGCGCUCCUGGAUCGGGUCCAAGGAAGCAUCGUGAUAAAAAACGCGACGUCUGACAACUCUGGAACGUACCGCUGUGUGUCUGAGAACAGAGUGGGCAAGGAGCAGUGCACCCUGUCCCUGUCCGUGGUUCCACCUUCCAAUACUGCAGGAACGAUCGCUGGAGCUGUUAUCGGAAGCCUCCUGGUACUGCUGCUGCUCGCCAUCAUCCUCUACUGCUGCUACAAGAACCGAAACAAGAAGAAGUACGAGAAAGAGACCGCUCAUGAAAUCAGAGAGGAUGUCCCUCCCCCGCAGAGCCGCGCGUCGACGGCCCGCAGCUUCAUCGGCGUGGGCAGCAACCGGUCCUCCCUGGGCUCCAUGUCCCCCUCCAACAUGCACGAGUACGCCCCCAAGCCUCAAUACAACCCAGUGCCCAGCGAGGAGUACGAGCGCCCGCCCAGCCACGUGCCCCACCCUCCUGCCUCCAAGUAUGCCUCCGCUCCGGGUAAUGGCAGCUUGUCAGUUGUCUGACGAGGAGAGCACUGAGAAGGUCCUUCUUGGGUCAUGAAGAAUAACCUCAAUGAAGGCUCUGCACAUUAACUGCUGCUGUUUGUACUGUGAUAUGAACUGAUGUGAAUGAGAAUAAGGUUUCUGAAGAAUUGGUUUGCUUUAAGAAUGUAUGCUUUUAAAAUGGGUUAAUAUUCUAUAUGUUUUUAAUCAGUGUAGAGGUUUACAGUGUGUGUAGGGGCGAGGGGGGCUUCAUAUGCUUUUCAUUAUGAAGUUUAGCAUUGUCUCCUGUAGAAUUCUAAUGAAGUACAUUCUCAGUUCAUAGCAAGUGCCACACUGGUUAAAACUAGAGAGAGUUUAGAGCAUUAGAAAAAACUGUCAAUUCAGAGGGUUAUAAUAGGGAUUGGGGUGGUUUGUUUUUUUGGGGUUUUUUUUAUAUUUGUUGGACAGACGAGCAGAAAACAAAGUGCCUCGAAGUGUAUUUACUCUCUCAAUACCGGCAAAACCCAAGCAUGAUUAACAAUGUUAUUACCCAUAGAAAAAAUACACCAGCAUGAUUAACAAUGUUAUUACCAAUAGAAAAAAUACACCAGCAUGAUUAACAAUGUUAUUACCAAUAGAAAAAAUACACCAGCAUGAUUAACAAUGUUAUUACCAAUAGAAAAAAUACACCAGCAUGAUUAACAAUGUUAUUACCAAUAGAAAAAAUACACCAGCAUGAUUAACAAUGUUAUUACCAAUAAAAAAAAAUACACCAGCAUGAUUAACAAUGUUAUUACCAAUAGAAAAAAUACACAAGCAUGAUUAACAAUGUUAUUACCAAUAAAAAAAAAUACACCAGCAUGAUUAACAAUGUUAUUACCAAUAGAAAAAAUACACCAGCAUGAUUAACAAUGUUAUUACCAAUAAAAAAAAAUACACCAGCAUGAUUAACAAUGUUAUUACCAAUAGAAAAAAUACACAAGCAUGAUUAACAAUGUUAUUACCUAUAGAAAAAAUACACCAGCAUGAUUAACAAUGUUAUUACCUAUAGAAAAAAUACACCAGCAUGAGUAACAAUGUUAUUACCAAUAGAAAAAAUACACAAGCAUGAUUAACAAUGUUAUUACCCAUAGAAAAAAUACACCAGCAUGAUUAACAAUGUUAUUACCUAUAGAAAAAAUACACCAGCAUGAGUAACAAUGUUAUUACCAAUAGAAAAAAUACACCAGCAUGAGUAACAAUGUUAUUACCAAUAGAAAAAAUACAACAGCAUGAUUAACAAUGUUAUUACCCAUAGAAAAAAUACACAAGCAUGAUUAACAAUGUUAUUACCCAUAGAAAAAAUACACCAGCAUGAUUAACAAUGUUAUUACCCAUAUAAAAAAUACACAAGCAUGAUAAAUGUUCUUGCCCAUAUAAAAAUACACUACAGUGCUGUGCUGCAUGAACUCAUUGUUCAGUUAUGGUGGUUGAGCUCUCCACUGAAAUCGGGCUGACGGUCAGUCGAGGGCUGUGGGGGUGGAUCGGUUAAUUUACUAUUCACAAUGAAACAAGUGAAGAAACAGCUGCUUGGAUUUGUGAUGACUGCUGAUUUUCUUACUCUGUGGAGCACAGCGAUCCACACAAACCCAAGCAGCUGUUUGUUCACUUGAUUCCACUGGAAUGGGAAGUUAGCCUGAUCCACACCAAUGCCCUCCCCUGUGCAGAGCUCCUCCGAAUCCUCAUCCUGUGCAGCUCUAUCCAGUGUGCUGCAGUGCAUACUACACUAUAUCACAGGGCUUUAAAACAGCACGAGCACUUGUGUUUUUAUACAGCUUUCUUUUCUGGUACUGAUUUACUAUUUCUUUCUGGUUGGUUUGGGUUUUUGCUUGGUGUAGACCAGAUUCAUUUCCAUGUGACUCAGUAUUGCGCUCUCUUCCGGAGGGAGUUGAGGUCCUGGCAUUCCUGAAAAUCCAGGAAUAAUCUCCACCGCAGGGUAAAAUAACAAGCCUUCCCAGCUUCCAGAACAAAGAGCAGCCGGGCACAGACAGGACAGGAAAGCUCCUCUGUUAUCAGCGCAGGAUCACCCUUUUAUUAGAAGCUAGAGAGAACGCUGGGCAAACCAGGGAGUCUGCUUCACUAUUAAAAACAUGGUAUGCUAUUCCAGGGGAAGUUAUUGUUGAUACACAUUUUACUGAGCAGUCUUUUCAGCACAUCCAGAGCCAAUGUAAAUUACGCAAUGAAUCUGCUAUGAUGGUCUUUCAUACAGUAUCAGAUUUACAGAUUAUUCGAUGGAGAGAUGCUUGGGUCCCGGUGGGCUGGCACAGCAAUGCCAGUCACGAGGAGGCUCCAGGCUCCAGCUCAGCCUGGCUGUAAACUGAUAACAUUGUGCUUCUGAAUCCAGCGUCUACUGGACUGGCCUUGGCCUCAUCAAAUGCACAACCUCACUAUCUUGUAAUUGUGUGACGCAGGCACCGCAGGACUGCGUUCGCUGGGUGUGGUGGAUUGUUUAACUCUAACGCUGUUCAUUUCAUUUAACCUUCAUUUUACCAGAUAAGAAGAUUGAGAACAAAUUCUCAUUUACAACGACGACAAGAAGCAAACAUUGAAUAAAUAAAUAAAUAAACACAUUAACAAGUACUUACACGUGCUGCAUCAGACAAGAGUGAAUUCAAGACGAAGGCCGUGUGACGCAAGUGUGUGAGUCUAGUGAGAAUUGUUUGCAGGUUUCUUUCUUGUCUAAUAUUGUUUUUAUGAACCUCUUCUGUCGUGAUUAUUGUAAUUCCUUCUUUGUUGGUUUAGCUGCCACUAAAUCUCAAAGGCUUCAGCUUGUCCAGAACGCAGUUGCCAGACGGCUCUUGUGUUGUGCUGCUCGUUUUAAAGGAAACAUUUGAGAUGCAUGUAUAGGUAUCAUGCAUACUAGCCCUGAAGAGGUUCUGGCUACGUAUUUGUAGGUUUAUUUUGUACACUGGUGAUUUAUUGGAGUUUGCCAAGCUGUUCGUCUUGAAGCUUUACUGUGUUCCUUGUGUUCUCCUCAGGGUUCAAUACCAAGCAAAGAAACUGCUUUCAUGCGCUUCUAAACAGUUCCACUGAACUAGUCUGGAACUAUUAAUGAAUUUCAAUAAAAAUGUUAAUGCAGGGAAUGUAAUAAUGCAUUUAAAACAUCUGAAAAGCAAAGGAUGAUUGUGUGAUCUGAAUCUAAACAAAUGAAGAAACAUGUUUUUAUGGAAAUGUGUGUUUUCUGUUUCUCGUUGUCUAGAAGGCGUUCGUUUCUGGUACAGGUACUAGUAUUGGUAUCUGGUGUUUUUUUUUUUUAUCAUUGCUGUUAAUAAAGUGAAUUAUGGAAGAA